AUGGUCUCAAUUAAAUCGCCGUAUCUGGUGCCGGUGUCCUGCGCGCAGGCUCUCCUCGGUGUGGGCUGUCUGGCUGUCGUCCUCCUCGCCUUACUACUGGUUCGCCAGCUCAUGAAGCAGAGAAGACCCCCGGGCUUUCCUCCUGGUCCAUCUCCCAUCCCUGUGAUAGGGAACAUUAUGUCUUUGGCCACCGAGCCGCACGUCUUCCUCAAGAAACAGAGUGAAAUUCAUGGACAGAUUUUCAGUCUUGACCUUGGAGGCAUCUUGACAGUGGUGCUCACUGGUUAUGACUGUAUCAGGGAAUGCCUUUACAAUCAGGGAGAUGUGUUUGCUGAUCGCCCAUCGCUGCCUUUGUUUCAGAAAAUGACCAAAAUGGGCGGGCUUCUCAAUUGCAAAUAUGGCAAAGGCUGGAUUGAACACCGUAAACUGGCUUGCAACUCUUUCCGUUACUUUGGCAGCGGCCAGAGGCAGUUUGAGAGGAAGAUCUCAGAGGAGUGCAUGUUCUUUGUCGAUGCCAUUGACGAACACAAGGGAAAGCCCUUCAACCCCAAACACCUGGUGACCAACGCUGUGUCCAACAUCACCAACCUGAUCAUUUUUGGACAGCGUUUUACUUACGAUGACCGCAACUUUCAGCACAUGAUCGAGAUAUUCAGCGAGAACGUGGAGCUAGCAGUGAGCGGCUGGGCACUCCUCUACAACGCCUUCCCUUGGAUUGAGUAUGUGCCCUUUGGAAAACACCAGAAGCUGUUCCGCAAUGCUGCUGAGGUGUAUGAUUUCUUACUUGAAGUUAUAAAUGGUUUUUCACAAGGUAGAGUGCCACAUGCACCUCGCCACUAUGUGGAUGCCUAUUUAGAUGAGUUGGAGCAGAACAAGGGAGAACCAGGCUCCUCUUUCUCCCAAGAAAACCUCAUCUAUUCAGUGGGGGAGCUUAUUAUUGCUGGCACUGAGACCACAACGAACACACUGCGCUGGGCCAUGCUGUACAUGACUCUCUACCCUAACAUACAAGAGAGGGUGCACAGGGAGAUCGACAGUGUGCUUGAGAAUGGAAGGGUACCCACUCUGGAGGACAAACAGAAGAUGCCCUAUGUGGAGGCUGUUCUGCACGAGAUCCUUCGCUUCUGCAACAUUGUCCCACUUGGUAUUUUCCGUGCCACCACCCAGGAGGCAAAAGUAAACGGGUACACAAUUCCCAAAGGCACCAUGGUGAUCACAAACCUCUACUCAGUGCACAUGGAUGAGAAGUACUGGACUGAUCCAGGUGUUUUCUCACCCCAGAGGUUUCUGGACAGCAAUGGCAACUUUGUGAAGCGUGAGGCCUUCCUGCCUUUCUCUAUGGGGAAGCGUUGCUGUCUGGGUGAACAGCUGGCCAGGAUGGAGAUGUUCCUCUUCUUCACCACUCUGCUGCAGAGGUUUCAUCUGCAGUUCCCUCCAGGAACCGUCCCCACUGUCACUCCCAAACUGGGCAUGACCUUGCAGCCCCAACCUUACUCCAUCUGUGCUGUCCGCAGGCAGCAGAAAAGUCCUUGCACUGGAGACACUCCCUAUCACAAGUAGGCACUCAGGAACUUUUAACAGCUGGUUCAACUGUUCAAGCCAGAAUUUUAUUUUGCACAGCAAUGCAACCACACAAUGCAGGUGCAUACAACUGAAUUGCUCUGGAUUGUAGCGUCCCGAUCCGGUGCGUCACAGUUUUUGCAAAUGUUUAAGUGGCAAAUGUAGCUAUAUACAAUUAGACACAUGAUCCAGUUUAUUCAAGUACUAUUGAAUUGAUUUACUGAGCAAUAUGCAUGUUUGCACGCUAUUUUAUCGCAGCAGGGGAGGCGACAAGACUUGGUACCCUAGAAGAUAGUCUGGGAAAACUUGUGUGCUAUUGAUUUAGUUCUCUGUAGCUCAGAGUUGAUCCGAGCCCAGAACAUUAGAUGUCUGAACCUUGGUGCGGUAGCAAUGGGUUAGGUAUUUGUCAAUAAUUGAUAGUAAGUACACCUAUGAUGGUUCAUAGCCCUGCCUUCUCAGGACAGCGUCAGGUCAGACAACUGACACCACUUAUUUGUACAUGUGUGGUGAAAUGGCACUUUCCAAGAAAAUUCUGAACACUGUGUGUUGAAGUUGGACGUGGGCCAGAUUUACAUCAUCGGGACUGACUCUGACCCCUCCUCCAGGGAUUGCGCUCUCUGGAAAUUGGGUCUCUCAGAAGGCAAAUGCAACCUUGGUGGAUUUCUGGAAACUGACUAUGUGACACUGAUUUCAGCUAAAUGGUGCUUAUCAGUACUAACAAAGUACUGCAUUUAGAUUUUAGGAGAACAUGUGUUUGUACAUUUUUUGUAAUACUGGUGAGUUUUUUUGUGUAUUCAUAAAGACUUUCUUAAGAUAUUUAAAA